GCUCUUAUUGUGACGCGUGGUCAGCGGAUGUCAGGCCCGUGAGCGAGAGCUGCUUCGGCGGAUCGCAGAAUCUUGUCAGAUUAACCCGAGAUCGAUAUUAGAGCAGGAAUGAUCGCGCAGCCGCGAGCACGAGCACUUUAAACUCAUCUGCAGUGUCCAGUGGGGUCAUGGCGUCAGGUUCGGAGGCCGUCCACUACAUCCACCUUCAUAACUCCAGUCAGUCUGUGCUGGAGGCGCUGAGGUCUCAGAGGCGUAAAGGUCUGUUCUGUGACGUGACGGUGCGCAUCCACGACGCGUCUCUGCGCGCUCACGCCUGUGUGCUGGCGGCCGGCAGCCCCUUCUUCCAGGACAAGCUGCUGCUGGGUCACUCGGAGAUCUCUGUGCCGCCGCUGGUUCCUGCAGAGACGGUCAAGCAGCUGGUGGACUUCAUGUACAGCGGCUCGCUGGUGGUGCUCCACUCACAGGCGCUCUGCAUCCUCACCGCCGCCUCCAUCCUGCAGAUCAAGACCGUCAUCGACGAGUGCACACAGAUCAUCUCUCAGAGACGCGCCGCUGUGGCUGGAGCCGUGGGGCCGCUGGGGAGCGCACUGCCCAAACAAGAGGAGGGCGGAGAGGGGAAGGACCAGGAGAACGUGGCGCUGCAGGGCUUCACGUACAGCAUGGGCGGAGACUGCGGCUCAGACAUGCCCGCUGCACUGGGGGGCGGAGCUCAGGGAGAGGGCGGCGGCUUGGAGGGGGGCGGGGCCGGCUCACUGAUGCCCCUUGGUGAGGUGGGAGGCGGUGCCAUGUGUAGAGGGGAAGGUCUGAGUGUGGUAGGGGGCGUGGCCAUGUGUAGAGGGGAGGGUCUGGGUGUGGCAGGGGGCGGGGCCACCAGCUGCUCACAGGAGAUCAACUACAUGCUGAACCCGGAGCGCGGUGCGAAUGUGAGCGCGCAGAACAUCGCCGCCAAUGAGCGCUGUCACAUGGGAUCCCCGAGCGGCUUGGGUCUGGAGCUGGUGGAGCGGUUCAGUGAAGACGACGAGAGAGAUGGGGACAGAGACAGACAGACGGCGCACACACGCAAACAGAGACAGCCGCUGAGACUGCAGGUGCUGGGUGGAGAGCAGGUGGUGGUGAAGAACGAGGGCGUGCAGGACGGGGACGCUCUGUUUGAGAUGGAUGAGAGAGGAAACCCAUCGCAUCAACACACCUACACACAGGGGGGGUUCUACGAGGACUCGGCCGUGUUCUCGAGCGGUUUCUGGUCUCAGGCGGAUCCGCAGGCGUCUCUGGGCUCAAACCCUCGCGGUCGGGGUAACAAACCCCUCUCUCCUCCAGCGCCGGGCUCCCAGAACCUCAACAGCCAGAUGCUUUUCCAGUUCCCUGCCAGCGAAUCACAGCAGCCCUCCUUCUUUGUGGGCGGACCCAUGGUGAUCGACAACCUGGCUGAGUGCCAGCAGGCUCCGCCCCCCGCCCCCCUGACCCCGGCCCCGCCCUCCUCCACCCCAGCAUGCCUCGCAGGGCCGAGCUUCACCCCGCAGGGCUCCGAGACGUCCUUCGACUGCAGUCACUGCGGAAAGUCACUGCGCUCCCGCAAGAACUACAGCAAGCACAUGUUCAUCCACUCCGGUCAGAAGCCGCAUCAGUGCAGCAUCUGCUGGCGCUCGUUCUCUCUGCGUGACUAUCUGCUGAAGCACAUGGUGGUGCACACGGGUGUGCGUGCGUUCCAGUGCUCCGUCUGCAGCAAGCGCUUCACGCAGAAGAGCUCUCUGAACGUUCACAUGCGCACACACCGCGUGGAGCGCACCUUCACCUGCAGCGUGUGUCACCGCGCCUUCACCCACCGCACACUGCUGGAGAGACACGCCCUGCAGCACCACACGCCCACCAAACCACCCACCAAUCACCUGCAGCAGGGCGGGGCCAGUGCACCCAGCUCCGCCUCCUAGAAACGACUGAGGAGAGGAGAAACAAUCAGACUGAAUCCCAGGAGCUUUAACACACACACACACACAC